ACACUAAAGCUGCUCUAAACCAAUGGCGUGCACUUUAGGCUCAGGGUGCAUUGGAGACAGUACACUGGGACUGGACAGCAGACCAUGUCCCCUGAAGGAGUCCAUGAGAGUGCAGCAUUUGUCCGGCUGGUAGUUGUAAUGGGGUUUUUUUGUCCUAGGUUAUAAUCUCCUGCAGGCUUAGGCUUUUGCAUCACCAGUUGUUUUUCUAGUCAGUUGUGAACAAACACUACCUGGAACCAGAUGCGGAGAGCGGAUGAAAGCCAGAGAAAUAAGUCCCUGGACAGUGGCAUUGCCGAGAUGGAGGAUCUCCCUGUUCCCCAGAACAUCAAAAUCAGCAACAUCACAUGCGACUCCUUUAAGAUCUGCUGGGAUAUGGACUCCAGGUCAAAGGAACGGAUCACACACUACUUCAUCGACCUCAACAAGAAAGAAACCAAGAAUGCCAACAAGUUCAAACACAAGGACGUCCCCACUAAAUUGGUAGCGAAAGCAGUCCCUUUGCCCAUGACUGUGCGAGGACACUGGUUCCUGAGUCCACGCACUGAAUACACUGUGGCCGUUCAGACCGCGUCCAAACAGGGUGAUGGCGACUACGCCGUGUCAGAAUGGAGCGAGAUCAUUGAAUUCUGUACAGGCGAUUAUUCCACUGUUCAUCUCACACAGUUGAUGGAGAAAGCAGAGGUCAUCGCUGGCAGAAUGCUACGGUUCUCAGUCUUUUAUCGAAACCAACACAAAGAGUACUUUGACCAUGCAAGGGAGGCCCAAAACAACAAGAUGUUGCUGUCAGUGAAGGACAACAGCGGCAGCCAUGGUUCGCCUAUCAGCGGGAAGCUCGAGGGCAUCUUCUUCAGCUGCAACACUGAAUUCAACACGGGCAAACCACCACAGGACUCACCGUACGGCCGUUACCGCUUCCAGCUGCCAGCCGAGGAGCUCUUCAGUCCCAAGACAAACCUUUAUUUUGCCGACUUCUACUGCAUGUACACGGCCUAUCACUAUGUCAUUCUGGUGAUCGCUCCGAAGGGCUCGUCUGGAGACGAGUUCUGCAAGCAGCGCCUACCUGCGCUGGAUAUCGCCAACAACCACUUUUUGACGUGCUCGGAGGAUGAAGAUGGCCGGCUGGUGUUCCACCACGCACAGGACCUUAUCCUGGAGGUCAUCUACACCGACCCCGUGGAUCUGAGCCUGGGCACAGUAGCGGAGAUCAGCGGCCAACUCAUGAGCCUCUCCACAGUCAACGCCAAGAAGGAUCCCAGCUGUAAGACCUGCAACAUCAGCGUGGGACGCUAACCUACGACUCGGAACUCUUCUGCUGCCUUGAACAGCACAGAAAAUAGCCUUCUCCUUUAGCCGUCCUCCUUACCCAUUAUCAAACUUAUCCAUAAUUCCUGUUGGUGUCUGUAAGGCUCCUCGGCAGCAUGUGUCUCACAGCUUUUGACAAAAUGCUCUUUUUCGUUUACUAGAUUAUGGAUCUCGACCCGGGGUUGGGUUAGAUAUGUCGUGCUCCUAUUUUGGUAUUGGGAUGUUGACUUAAUCACCCCUGUCAAUCAAACUGCUUCUUUAAUCCUACUGGCUGUCACACCUUCCUGUUAGAACGCCGCAUUGUAACAGUUUACCAAAGUUUACACAAAUUUAACACCAGAUGCUCAUCAAGUCACUGAAAUCGGUGAAUCGAGACAACCGAUCUUAUAAGGCAUUAUGAAUGUGGUGAUAUCAAGUGAGAUAUCUCAAAAAAUAUGUGAUUGGACGUAUCUGUAGCAUGACUGCAAACAUUUUUGGAAACGUUGACAUUAGCAUUACUGUUCUUCGGCAGUGUUUCAUGUUCUCCAUUCUAACCCAUCCAGUAUACUGUGAUUUAACAUAUAAUAAAUGUGAUACGACAUGUAGAUAGAAAAAUAUUUAUUUUUUAACCGGUGAAUAGAAAAUGGACAGAACCAGAAGUGCACAAUACAGAGGAUUUUGUUGAUGGAAAAGAAAAGGGUCACGAUAAAGCAAAUAUAUAUAUAUAGAUAAUUAUAUAUAUACAUGUUUACUGUAUAAACCAAUGUAGAAUUACGUGCACAAUAGCUAACAUUCAAAAGCUACAUUUGUCAUUGUGGAUGUGUACAGCAAAUCAAUUCUGGGGCGACGAUAACAUGACAGAAUAACCACACCUGAUUGUUGCACAAUUCAACAGUUUACGCUGGUUGGCAUGCAAAGACACUACACAAAGAUUGUAAUAGUUCAUUGCAGUAGAUCCGUCGGAAAGGAAAGAUAUCGAGUGUUUCGUUUCCAGAGAGUAGCUACUUGAGCAGAAUUGCACUUAAAGCGCACAUCCGCUUCUCAUGAACAUAUCUCCUGCUUUGGGCUUCAGUAUUGUUUAUAGUGUACGACGUUAUUGGACAGUAUUCAUAUUAACCACUGGUUUAAUGUUUAAUUUGUAUAGGAGGAAAACUGUGCUCUGUGAUGGCCACGUACUAUACUUUAACACGUUUUUGAACAAAAUAGAUCUUUUAAAAUACUUUUAAAUUGUAUGAAGUAUGUCUCAUUUUGUGCUCCCUUUUUCAUAUGAGAGACAAAUAUAUGAGAAAUAAACAUGGUUGCUGCUGUGUUCAUAUGUUAGUGAACUCACUGAAAUUUGCAUAAAACCCUUAUUUUUAAGUGCUCUGCGUUGUUUUCUAUCUAGAGCGUUGCAUUAUCUGACAGGCUAGAGAUCGUGUCUAGCCCCAGAGAAUCACCGAUCCUCAUUAGUGUGCAUAAUGUCACCAUGUUCCUAAUUAGAAUCAUAAACUAGCUUCAAACAAGAGCAAGAAAACGUGAAAAGUGCAUAUGAUUCGACUUUGGUUAAAAACAAAAAAAAACGCUUCAAAAAUAAAGUGCCAUAUUCCAUAAACAUAAAUGAAUACUCUAUAUUUCCCUUUGCCCUUUGACUUCUGAAUGAGGUUUGUAUUGAUCUGUCUUGCUCUGUACACAACACAGAGAUCGCACAUGUUUGCGUUUAUGAGAUAGUAGCCACCGAAAGGCUUUGAUCGGUUCGGCCCAACCCAUUGAGUCUAGGACUUCCAAUGUGGUCAGAAAUGAUAUUAAAGUGCAUUUAGCAUCAUAAUGGCACGAUUAUGUCAAAUGUAAAAACACAAUUUGGUCCAAACAUUGGGUUCGAUACUGAAAGGCAGAAAGAAUUUUUCAGAUAUUCUAAGUGGUUUCCUGUUUGCUGAGCAACACUUCCAGUAAGCGUAAUUUGGCUUUGAGACUCUUGUACUCCUGGUACACCUCAGCCAUGGGGAUUCGGUCAUCUUUUUGUGCGGAUCUUCAUUAUUUUGGUGGAAAGGGAAAGAAAAAAACAGAUAACGCAUGAAACAGAUUACUCCACUAACAUUAAAACACACAUUUAACCCUUGAGUUGCCUUACUGAAGCAGUUUUGUACAUCAGUGGAUAGCAGAUAAGUGGAAAUGUAUUUUAUUUAAAAAACGAAAUCCAUACAUUGUGUAUAAAAAAACAGUUUUUUUUCUCCUUGUGGUAUUACUUUGUAUAUUAUUGAUUAGAUGUGAAUUAUGUUAACUAUUUUGAUCGUUAUUUUCCUUUUUCCUUCCUGUCCAUGUUCAAAACGACAGAAGUAACAAAAUACCAUUAAAAUAUGUAACUGUAA